AUGGGGAUAUCGGGCCUCCUGCCGGUGCUCAAGAGCAUCACCGAAACCAAAAACAUCGAGGAGUACAAGGGCCGUACGCUCGCCAUCGACGGCUACUGCUGGCUCCACCGUGCCAUCUACUCGUGCAGUCAAGAAAUAUGCCUUGGACAGGAGACCGAUAAAUAUGUAACGUAUUUCAUGGAUCGGAUCACUGCGUUGCUCCACAACGGUGUGACUCCUUACGUUGUGUUCGACGGAGGCCCUCUCCCCAUGAAGAAGGGGACGGAGGAGGAACGACGCAAGUCGAGACAGAAGAACCGAGAACUCGGCAUCCAGCACUACAACAACAAGCGAUUCGGUGAGGCUCGCAAGUGCUUCAUUCGAGCUGCAGACGUGUCUCCUUACAUGGCUCAUCGAGUCAUCCAGCAUCUGAAAGCACACAACGUGGCUUAUGUGGUGGCUCCGUACGAAGCAGACGCUCAACUCGCGUAUUUGGUGAAGAACAGACUCGCGGACGGUGUGAUCACCGAAGACUCGGAUUGCCUUCCUUUCGGCUGCCAAACUGUGCUAUUUAAAAUGGACCGCGACAAUGUUGCACAGGAAAUCCAGACAGCGAACCUCAAGAAGAACAAAGGGAUGAGCUUCCACAUGUUCACAGAGCAAAUGUUCCUUGAAAUGUGUAUUUUUUCAGGAUGUGAUUACUUGCCAAGCAUUCCAGGCUUUGGUCUGAAAAAGGCUUAUACUGCGAUGAAACAGCACGGCUCCUUUACGAAGAUCAUUCGAGCAUUGCGUCUUGAAGGAAAAGUCCGAGUCCCCGCAACCUAUGAAGAAGACUUUAGGAAGGCAGUACUGACGUUUCGGCAUCAGCGAGUGUAUUGCCCCACGAAAAAGGAACUGGUUCCACUAACACCGAUUCCUGCGGAUUUACUGGAAACUGACCCAGCAAUGGACUUUGUAGGGCCCAUGCUUCCUAGUGACGCUGCAAAGGCAAUUGCUGAUGGAUAUAUGGAUCCUAUUACCAUGAUGCCAUUCCCAGCCAAAGCAUUACUGCCUCCUCGCAACUCAAUCCAACCAAACACCACUAAAUCGAUGCAACCGUCACGUAAGGUAGCACCCACUCCGAAACCGAAAGUAGCGAUCACUUCAUUCUUCCACGCCUCAGAGUCUGCAGCAGCUGCAGUAUUCAACGCUCCUCGAACGAAGCCAACCCCCACGAAAAGAAAACUUCCUCCGUCAUUUAUGGACAAGUGGGCUUCGAAUGCUGCAUCACCCGAUGAGAAAAACACGCAAAGCGAGGCUUCCGAUUCGGCUCCGAAACCCGCCACGAAGAGUCCACUCGUGACAAGUCGGUUUUUCGGUAUAAACCCCAAGAAGAUGUCACCACCGGACGAAUGCGUAAAGAAGAGCGCGCCGCGUACGCUGGACUCGUCAACUACGUUUCAAAGCCAAGAGCCACGCGGAUUCGAUGUGGCAAGAAACAUCUCGUUUGAUCCGCUAAGCGAUAAGGUCCGUGUGCUACCGACUGUGGGAGAUAAUGGGAUUUUGAAGGAGAACCAAGCGCCAAAUGCUCAGGAGACGAUACCCAGCCCCCAAAUACCUACGAAAGAAACAGCGUUUUCAAGAAUGAUGCGCGCUGGCUCGAUGCUCCAACAGCAUAGGCUGAAGAAAAGAAAGAGCAUUGGUCCAGGCUUUCGUAGUGGAAAACCGCGCAUCCCUCUUUCUAGUCGAAUUGAACUUCUCGCAUUUUCCAGGAACCGCAAAGCGGAUGAACCUACGAGGAUUCCGAGUACACUUUCCAACUCGCAGCUUGAGUCGACAGACGCGUCUGAACAUAUCGACGACCCCGAUGACCCACCGGAAAGUUUGAAAGCAGAGGAUGACAUCGACACCAAAGCGACCAUGAGCACAAUUGACGAGCAGCCUGCUGGAAUAGAAACGAUUGUCCGUUCCUCAAAAGAAACUACCGUAGCAGCACCGAUAGCAUCGUUCGAUCGGUUCCGCUUUCAACAUUGA